AUGGCUUCGAUUAACGAUCUCGCCGCGGCGGCCAUUGCCACGUCUGCGGUGCAGCGGAGCUCGGGUGGGCGCGGAGCACUGAUUGUGCUGGAAGGCCUCGACAGGAGUGGCAAGACGACGCAAGUCAAGCUAUUAGAGCAGAGGUUUGUGGAGCUUGGGAGGAAGGUUAAGGUUAUGAGAUUCCCUGAUCGAUCGACCCCAGUUGGCCAGAUGAUCGAUGAAUACUUGAAAAGCGCGAUCGAAAUGGAUGAUCAUGCUAUACACCUCCUUUUCAGUGCCAACCGAUGGGAGGCUGCAAAGUCGAUAAACACUCUCCUCUCGGAUGGCACGACAGUAAUCUGCGAUCGAUACUACUACAGCGGCGUCGUAUACAGCGCCGCCAAGCAAAACCCAACGCUCUCCCUACACUGGGCGCGAGCUCCCGAGGUCGGCCUUCCACGCCCCGACAUGGUCCUCUUCCUCGACCUCGAGGAAGCAAAGGCCCGCGAGCGCGGAGGCUGGGGCGGCGAGGUGUACGAAAAAUCGGAAAUGCAGAAGCGCGUGCGUGAUCUCUUCUGGGGCCUCAGUAUGGGUACGAUCGGCACGCCGGAGGGGCCUGGAGGGACGCCACAGGAGAGGUCGGCGGCUACCAAUACUACGGAAACGAGAGUGUUUAGGCAGGAAGAGGAGGAUCUGGUCCUCGUGGAUGCGAGUCCUUCGGUUGAAGAGGUGGCGGAAGAGAUUUGGAAGAAGGUUCUUCCAAGGGUUGAAGCGGUGGAUAGAGGCGAGGUUGGAAGGGUUGUGAGGACUGUGGCGUGA